GUCAAAAAAUACUACACACCACAGUGUUGUGAGGAGACCUGAAAAGUGGCACAUGGCAGAGUGUGGCCGAUGGAGACAGCAGCAAUGGGUAGGCAGUACAUGGGACCCAUGAGAGACUCUGGACCUGGCAGCAGCAUGAGGAGGCGGGUAUAUAGGGUGACUAUGGCAGAUUAUGGGGCCUGGCAGCAUGCAAUGGGAAGGCCCGUAAUUCUGCCAGCACCCUAUGUCAAAUAAUUUCUCACACACCAGCUGUGUGUGAGGGAGGACCUGAAGAGUGGCACAUGGCAGAGUGUGGCGAUGGAGAUGGAGACAGCAGCAAUGGGAGGCCCCCGUACAGGGACCCAUGAGAAGACUUCUGGACAUCGGGCAGAGCAGCAUGA